ACGUUUGACGCCUGACCCGCGCUGUCCCCGCAGGCACGCACGUCAUGGAGGGCUCGGGCAGGAUGGUGGUGACGGCCGUGGGGGUGAACUCGCAGAGCGGCAUCAUCUUCACCCUGCUGGGCGCCGCGGGGGACGACGAGGACGACGGCAGGGACAGGAAAGGGAAGCCCCAGGAUGGCGCCGCGGACACCCCACAACCCAAAGGCAAGCGGCAGGACGGGGCGGUGGCCAUGGAGAUGCAGCCGCUGAAGAGCGCCGAGGGAGGGGACAGCGGCGACGGGCCGGGGACGCGCCCCCGAGGUGGCCCCAAGAAGGAGAAGUCCGUGCUCCAGGCCAAGCUGACCCAGCUGGCCGUGCAGAUCGGGAAGGCAGGCCUGGCCAUGUCGGCCAUCACCGUCAUCAUCCUCGUGCUCUACUUCGUCAUCGAGACCUUCGUGGUGCAGGGCCGGCCCUGGCUGGCCGAGUGCGCGCCGCUCUACGUCCAGUACUGGGUCAAGUUCUUCAUCAUCGGCGUCACCGUGCUGGUGGUGGCCGUGCCCGAGGGGCUCCCGCUGGCCGUCACCAUCUCGCUGGCCUACUCCGUCAAGGUGGGGGGCGUCUGUCCCUCCCUGUCC